AUGUCGACUGCCGAACAGAACGCCGCCUCCGCCAUCCCCCAGGAGUCGCUGCCCACCGACGUGGCCAACCCCAUGCCCAGCAAGCAGGACGAGAAGCUCGAGGCGCGGGUCAUCGACAAGCCCAUCGAGAUGGCCGACGCCGAGUCGGCCGCGGCCGGCAAGAAGCGAGAUCGCGAUGGCGAGGAGAAGGGCACCGGCCUCGACCUCCAGAAGCAGCUGGGCGAGCAGGGCGAGGGCAACAAGGAGGAGGAGAAGAAGGACAGCGACAGCGACAAGAAGGUGGACCUCGAGAAGAAGGACGAGCUGAUCGGCCAGGACAAGCUCGAGCAGCCCGUCUCCAAGAAGCCCAAGCUGGACGAGGAGGCCACGCCCGAGGCCGCCGACGCUGCGGCCAACAAGGCGCUCGAGGCCCCCGUGGAGGAGGUCAGGCAGGAGCAGGUCGCCUCCAACGAGUGA